UUCUUAUUUCAUUCGUUGGUAAGUCAAAUUAUGAAACCUACAAACGUUUGUAUUUCAUUUAUCAAAUCUAGUUCCUGGUAAUAAUACUAUAUUAAUCACCUCUCUCUCUCUCUCUCACGGUGAAAAAUUCAGAACCCAUAUUUCUCGUAAAUUCCCUUUAAAGCACCUGCGCUCUGCUCCUUUAACACAGCCUCUUUCAAUUUGCAUGCUACACAAACACCAAAUACACACACACAGACAGAGAAACCAUCGACACUCUCUAGCUAAUCACCUGUAUAUGCAGGCUAAAUAUAUACAGGAGUGAUGGGACCUGUGAGUGGGAAUAGAAAGAAGAGGAAAGUGGAGAAGAAAGCAGAAGAGAAGUUGUUGGUUUCUGGGUCUUCACAGGGAGUCUCUGCUGAAUGGUGGGAUGUUUUGUCAAUGAAAUUUGCAGGCCAUUCUUCAUUGUCCAAGGGAUUGGAUGAGUUCAAAUCAACUUUCAGAUUGUCCAGAAAAACUUUUGACUACAUAUGUUCACUAGUAAAGGAGCACAUGAUGGCUAAAACACAUUUUGCUUUCGCUAACGGCAAUCCAAUGUCGUUAAACGACCAGGUGGCCUUAGCACUAAGAAGACUCGGGUCAGGCAAUUCAUUAAUUUCUAUUGGGGACUCAUUUGGGACGCACCACUCAACUGUCUCACAAGUGACGUGGCGCUUUGUAGAGGCCAUUGAAGAAAACGGGCUUCACCACCUCCGAUGGCCUUCCGCGGAGUGGGAAAUGACCGAGAUAAAGAGCAAGUUUGAGAAAAUCAGAGGUCUUCCGAAUUGCUGCGGUGCUAUCGACACAACCCAUAUAACAAUGCUGUUAACUUCAUCCGAUCAAGAAGCCGACACUUGGCUUGACCGUAAGGAGAACCACAGCAUGAUCCUCCAGGUGAUCGUCGACCCUGAUCUGAGGUUCCGGGACAUAGUUGCUGGAUAUCCAGGAAAGAUGAACGACUCGUCCAUUCUCCAGAGUUCGAAUUUCUUCAAACAAUGUCAGAAAGGGGAGAAGUUGAAAGGGAACAAGGCAUGCUUAUCAAAAGAAACGGAGUUAAGGGAGUACAUAGUCGGCGAUUCAGGCUUCCCAUUAUUGCCUUGGCUUGUGACACCAUACCAAGAGAAGGAACUUUCAGAAGCAAAAGUUGAGUUCAAUAAGAGGCUUCUUGCUACUCAUUAUGUGGCUCAGAAGGCGUUGGCGAGGCUGAAGGAGAUGUGGAGGAUGAUCAGAGGGGAUAUGUGGAGACCCGACAAGCAUAAGUUGCCAAGGUUUAUUCUCGUUUGCUGCAUUCUCCACAACAUUGUCAUAGACAUGGAGGCUGAAGAUCUUGAAGAGCUGCCCUCGUCUUUCCAACAUGAUCCGGGAUACAUGCAAGAGGUUUGUGAAUCAGUCGACAAGGGGGGCUCGAUCUUGAGGGACAAACUUUCGACAUACUUUUCCGGGAGAUAACAUUGCGACUGCCAGAACAAAAUCUUGCAUGUCAUGAGAGGAAUAACUAGAUGAACUACAAAGAGAAAUUAAAGUAAUAGAAUUAAGACAUCAAAUUGCUCUAUGAAAAUCUCUGAGGAUCUACAUGACUGUAAUAGUUGGAACAGAGUGAUGGAGUUUUGUAUAAUUUUAUAUAGAUUUUAUAUUUCA